GCAGAGCAGAGGAGCAUGGGUUGUCACAACAGCAAGGUCUGUGGCCAGGUCUCCCGGAAAAAGAAAAAAAAUAAAGCACAAGGAACUGAGAAGCACAUAAAGGACAUCAAACUUCAAGGUGGAAGUGGUACAUGCUCAUCUGAGGAGAAUCUGUUGGAGACUUAUGAGUGUCAGCUAAAGAUACUACAUGCAGUUCUGACGGCUUCAGGAGGCCAGGAGAGAGACCAGCUCCUCAAGGACCAUCCUGGAGACAUCUGCACUUUAGUCCACAGCAUUAUAGAGAAGGGUUUGGGAACGUGUGCUUUGGUACAUCUGUCCUUGUGCAAACCUCUGACCAACAAAGCUAAACCUGUUUGCAGGGAGGGAUGUUAUUCACUGCCCUGUAAAGAGGAGCUACAGCAAUUACACAGUGAAGAGAAGAAUGUUUUAAAUGAGUCUCAUGCAGCAGCUGAGAAUGCACUGAAGGAUCAGAUUGAAGGGCUGACGUCAGAGCUGAAGCUGUUCAACGAGUUAAAGCGCAGAGCGGAGGAGUCCACGCUCAAGAGAGACCUUCAGAGAAAUAUUGAGACUCAUGGCAGCCCUGGUGCGUUCUGGGAGCAGGAGCAGGAGAGUCUGUUAUUUGUCAUCGAAAUGAAGCGUGAGCGUUUACAGGACCAUGGGAACAAGCUGCUGCAGAUGGAAACACUGUUUCCGCUUUUCCAUAAACUGUUGUCGUCCUCUUUCAGACAACUGUCCAAGGAGCAGAACGAGCUGCAGGAGGCGCUAGAGAAGCAGUCUCUGCAGAACCGGAAGCUCAGCCAGGAGAAAGAGGAGCUGCUCUUUAAACUCAUACACCGCAGAGACUCAUGCUCCUCCUUCCACCUUCCUUCUGUCAUACCCACACAAGUGUCUCCCAGCUGACUGCAGCAUCCUCCCUCAUCCCUGUAUCCUCACCCUGCCUGGCCUCGGUGCCUUCACAGCGGUUUUUUAAAUGCCAAUUUUUUAUGAAGUGCUGUGUGAACAUGCAGUGCUGAUAUGGACUUACUCCCUGCAUUUAUCAUUUUAACUGGCCAAACAGAUAUUUUUGUACAUUUUGAUUGAAGAGACGUUUCUUAUCAGGAAUUUGUGUUUGCAUUUGAAAAUAGCUGUGGAUCUAUGCAGUAGUUACUCAUGUUAAGUCUUUUAGUUAUUGUACAAGGUGUAGUAGCAGUUCUUGCCAAUUUUUUAUAUCGGUUUUAUUGUUAUUUUUAUUUCCAGGAAACGGCAGGUAUUGUUAGUAAAAAAAAAAGUUAUAUUUUUGCCUUAAGACAUUAUUGGAGCCAGAGCACUUGGACGUGUAGCAUGAAUAUCUGGGAUCUUUUCAGAUGCACUUGCACUUUUAUCAGUGUUUUAUUUGUUGGAGAGACAAUAGGCUUUUGGUGAUUACCAAUAUGCUUUCAUCCUACACUUUGCACACAGUAUUUCCGUUUUUUUAAAUCCUUCUGCUUUUCAGUGGUAGGUAAAGUAUUGGGGUCCUAUUGGAUACAAUCUAGUCGUUUUAGCUCAGGCAAACAGUGUUGGCUCAACCAGCGCAUGUAUUUCAAGAAGAGACUAGUCUAGCCAUCUUCUGUUUUGUCACUCUUGCAAACCCAAACUUAGAACAGAACAAUCAGAAAAUUCUGAACAAUCCCAGUAUGCUCCUUAAAGUUAUUGAAUACUUUUUAAAUGAAUAGUUCACUCGGAAAUUAAGAGAAAUUUUAGCAUUGCAUCACUUGCUUAC